CAUUCCAGAGACUGUGAUUGGAUACUUCUAGCUGGACAUACGACUGAGUUGAAGAAUAUUCCAGCGUUCUCCUUUAAGGCUCUCUAUAGAGAGCUUUGAAGGCCAAAAAGCUAUUUCCUCCCUGGCAUUCUUUCCCAUACAUUUUCAUGAUGAUAGUGAAGGUGUGGAGAAAAUAUUGAUCGAGUUGAGGAAAAAUUCCGUCAUUAGUGGACAGCCAAGAAUGCAGACUGCAUGUUUGAUUAUGACGGCCAAGCAAUACUUGAGCAGCGGGCUUUUCAGGGGCUCAAGAUUAUGACGAUAGAGUUUGUCAAAAAUGCUAUUUAUUCUAAACAUUAAGGUAUAACUAACAGGUUUUAGGAUGGUGAUGCUCCUCUAUCGUUAUAAAACUAGAGAAUCAGACACCGCUUGUAUCAUUACCGAUCAACGACUGAUCUGAGCAAUCUUAAAUCGACUCCGAAGCAAGUAAAUGUAGGCCGUAGCAUCUUGUGAGAUCUACAGAGCUGAUUGGUCUCCUUAGAUUGAUAGUAGAUUCAUGAUUUAUUUUAAGUCCUAUUUCCGCUACGGACCAGCCUUUGCUAGCAUUGGCACAUUGAAAUUAGAGGAGGAUUUUAACAACUGCGGAUGUCACGCUAUGAUGGAAUAACCAGCCCUCUUCGAGAAAAAUAUUUAAGUAGUAUGAGAAAGUUGGAAUUAUAGGCCAAAUACAUAAAGGUUUUUAAUUAAUCAAUUAUAUGAUCUUCUGUAGUUAGAUAUAAAAGAAGAGUUUUUUAUCUUUUCUUUCUACAAAAAUCAAUCUUCUA